AUGUGUCAUUGGGCUGAGCAUGGAAUGUUAGAAAGAUCCAGCUCUUUCAAGCCACGAAAUGCUCACAUGACGUUUCAAACUGAAUGGAUGACGAGACAGCUUCUUUCUCGAGACGAGGACAACAAUGUGCAUAGUGGAGGCCUUCUCUCCAAUGUGACUUACAAAUUUUUUGCCAAUGGUCAUCUUUUGUCAACUUCUAUGUACAACAAGGACCUUCGGCGUUGGAUUCCCAUUUUAUUUACGUGGUUAAGAAGUUUAACCGAAGAACACUAUUCAGCUCAUUUUGAAACCCUCAUGUCUCAAAUUAAAGCAGCAGAUAUGACUGCUGCUGAACGUGAUACACUCGUCCGGCAAGUAGUAGAUUUCUCGGCGGCACAGAAGAACGGGUUUAUCAUGGCUUAUAUGGAAGUUUUUCAAGAGACGGAUCGUGCUGUUGCACUCGACAAAUUAAAAGGUUGUGAAGAGCAUUUUAGAGCUCAGGUGACGAGGGUGAAGAGGAACCGCAACAUCAUACCUGCUGAUAAUGAGUUUGAAAAAGCAGCCCGUGGCCUUAUGAAGCCAGACAAACCUGGAGGUUUGAAUUGCGAUGAAAAAAUUGCACAGAUGCGCAAGAAUUUUCCUAAAGCCAAGCGAUGGCUCGAGUGGUGGACAGCGGCCAACAUCAAGGCCAUGAUAUUCAAAGCAAGGCCUAAGAGAAUUGACUAUGAUGGACUUUGCACCAACAUGCCGGCGACAACCAACGCGCAAGAGUCUCUCCAUCGCGUUUAUUACAUGAUCACCCCUAUCAGCGAAGGUAAUUGUACCAUUGCUAUAGGGCUAAUCCAGUUAUAUGCAUUGGCUCUUAGUCUAGAAAGGGACCACAAAGACCGCCUUCGAGGUGUUCCAAUUGGAUAUGGGGAAGAAAACAAGAGCUAUAAGAAGGUGGCUCAAAUUCUGGGAUGGUCGAAGGAACCUCGCAAUUUCCGAGAAACGAAGUCUGAUGGUAGGCCGCCAGAUACAACGCUGGCUCUACUAGGACCGUUGAAGAAGCUUGGUAGACCUAAAGGGUCUACCAAUAUCGACCGAAACCCAGUCACGACUUACCCCGGUUUUUCCUCUAGCACUGCCAUUGGGCGCCAAAAUCAAUGUUGGCUCAAUUCCAUGACCGAAUGUCUGUAUGCAGUUCAUACAGCUGUUUGGUACAGCCGGGAAACAGGUCAACCUGGGAGAUCAGUCAGAAAGGUCAGAUCAAGAGCAUUCUAUCAAUAG